AUGGCGGAAGAAACAAUGGCGGGAAUCGCAUUAAAUUUCAACUCCGAAAUGCGUCCAUUCGAUGACGCUUUUACAGACAGGAAAUUGCCAUGUCCGCACAGAUCUUGUAGAAGUGAGACUGAAAAAGCAUUUUUUCAAGAUUUAGCCCAACAUUAUAGGAUAAAACACCGAGAAUUAGCGUUCAACAAGGAGAAGCACACUCAAGAAGCGCGUCGAUUGUUUAACCUGUUUCACGGCAAUGAAACGAAACAGUACUUGGCAAGGGUUUUCUCUAAACGCUCUCUUUAGGUAAAUAUUUUUGGAUUCAACCUUAUUAUACUUGUCGGCGUGGGCGAUUACACGGUUCGCUUAAGAAAUGAAUAUUUUAUGAGUUUAAUUAUAUUGAGUAUUUGACAACGCCAUUAAAAUACAAUAUUUUUUUACUUAUUUUACUGUUUUACAUUUAACUGUGGAGAGACAAAUAUAUUCGUUAUACUGUCACAACAAAGUACGAAGCCUGCCUUGUGUUUGAAGUGAUAGCCAAAGAUACAAAAGAAGCCGCAAAGCUAGCUGGAGUCGUUCUUAUGCACUUUGGCCAACUAAAAUCUUAUGGCGAAGGAACAAAACCAUCCAUUGUGGAAGUAUUAUAACAAGAUUUGCACGUCAAGUUCAACCUCUGGACAUAAAAAAAAACAUUGGUGAAAGGAAUUUAACAAUUAUAGUUGCAGAAGCUAUUUUUGUUAGAAAAGUAUUAAGUAUAAUUUAUUCACACUGACAUUUAUAACAUUAUUUUGGCAGAUGAUAAAUAUCCAGGAUAUCACUGUUUGUCUUGACUGGCCUUGUUAUUUGCAGACAUUUUCCAAUAAAAUUGUUUUCUUUAAUUAAAAAUGAGUUAUGUUCUGUUAUAGGACUUUGAAAUUUCACUUACCAUACUUAUAAUAUCUGUAAAGGCCAAUCAGAAUAAUAAAAAAGAAAACCGUUCCACAAGAACCACCGAAAACGAACACAGGUCAACAACCCCUUUUAGAUGGAAAAAUUUAUUAAUUAAGCCCACACAUUUUGAUUUAUCCCAUUAAGCUUCAGACCUUCCUGACUGACAAGUAAAAUCAUCUGGUGUUAGGCAAGUAAGAAAAAAUAAGUAGGGCGCACUGGGUCGCAUUGCAGUUCAACGGGUUAACUAGAGACAUUGCCAGAUUUUUUGGUUAAGUCUCAUUAAACCGCAAAGCUUCCCCACGCACAAGUAAAAUCGUCUGGCAUUAGACAAGUAAAAAAAUAUAUAAGUAGGGCGCACUGGGGCUCAAUGGGUUGAUUUAUUGAUUUUAUUUACAUGAACAUAUUUUUUAUUUCUAUAUACCUGGGGAAGAGUCAGUUUCUAUACUCUAAGUGCAUUAUUUUCAGGUAAAAUGUACUUAUUGAUGUACAAUUCAAAUUUUUUUUUUAGAAUCUUUCACUGGAUUUGACAGGAGAUAAUAUAAUGCCAAUCAACCAGCGUGAUAUCAAUAUUGAUGACAUGACAGGCAAAAAAUCUGUUGAUAUUCUAAGAAGUGUCUUUCAUUAUGACGUCUUUCGAGGAAAACAAGAGGAGGCAAUUGAUAGCAUUUGUCAAGGGCAAAAUACAUUGCUUAUUAUGCCAACUGGUUGUGGAAAAUCACUAUGUUAUGCAGUUCCAGCUUUGAUGGAACAGAAGCUUGUUGUUGUUGUUUUUCCACUGCUAGCUCUACUGUUUGACCAAUUUGAAAGGAUGAAAUCAAAAGGACUUAAUGUUGGUUUCCUAAUGAAAGACAUGGAUGAAAUGGACAGACAGAGUGUCAUACACAAGCUCCAUUCCAACCCACCAGAAUAUAACUUGCUUUUCCUUACCCCUGAGACUGUGUUAUCGCCAUCAGUAUUUGACUUGUUAUCGAAACUUUCAUCCGAGAAUCUGAUAAAUUUCUUUGUCAUCGACAAAGCUCAUUGUAUCGACACUUGGGGUUUUCAUUUUAGACCUUGUUAUGCUGAGCUAUGGAGACUUGGAACAUUGGAGUGCCCAAUAAUGGCACAACAGAAAUUUACUUUUGAAUACUUGAAAUCUCAAGCUCAUUACAGAAAGUGUCUAUUAGCAAAUUUCUCCCAUAGAAAUUUAUUAAAUUGUUUUUUAAAUUAUAUUUUGCCAUAUAUGUUCAUACAGUAA